GCUUUGAAACGAGGAGGGAGGGAGAGAAGGCGAUCGAGCUCGAUCGAGCCGAGCUGUCGACCAAACCAACCAACCAAAUCAAAAUAUAUUGCGGUACCUACCUACAUAGACAUACCUACCUAGUUUGUUUGAUAGGGGCGUCUGUGUCUGUGUGUAUUUUAGAUUUUUAUUGUUUUUCUUAUUUUUAUUAACACUAUUACUAGGUUUACUGUAGGUAGACUGUACUAGGUAUGUAAUUUGGGAGUUGUCUUACUUUUCUGAGAGAUUGGUAAUUCUUCAGAAGAAAUUUGGAAGGGUAAUUAAUCGAUUCAGGUCAAAUUUCAGGAUGUUGAGAGGACGAGUGAAACAUUUAUUGCACUGUAUAUCAUUUCUAUCAUUCAUAUUCCUGUUCUUUGUGUUUGCUGGAGCCAUUUCUUUCAAUGAUGCUGAGAAAUCCGUUUUUGACCCUUGGAAGACCUAUGGCAUCUUCGGAACUGUCUUGCUAUACCUGUUAAGGUUGCUGACACUGUUGACAAUACCUCAAGUCCUUUGCAAUUUUUUUGGACUGAUUUUCUUUAAUGCAUUCCCUGGAAAAGUGAAAUUGAAAGGUUCUCCAUUACUUGCCCCUUUUAUUUGCAUAAGAGUAGUCACUAGGGGUGACUUUCCAAAAUUAGUAAGAGAUAAUGUUACUAAAAAUAUGAACUUAUGUGUGGAUGCAGGCAUGGAACAUUUCAUGAUUGAGGUGGUUACCGACAAAGUUAUCAAUUUACCAAAACAUACAAGGGUUAGAGAAGUGGUGGUCCCUUCAGAGUAUAAAACUAAAACAGGGGCUCUUUUCAAGUCCAGAGCUUUACAAUACUGUUUAGAAGAUAAUGUGAAUGUUUUGGCUGAUACAGAUUAUAUUGUUCAUCUAGAUGAAGAAACUCUUCUAACAGACAACUGUAUUCGAGGCAUACUGAAUUUUGUAUUGGAUGGGCAAUAUCAGUUUGGACAAGGACUUAUCACAUAUGCCAAUGAGAAUAUUGUAAACUGGAUGACCACACUUGCAGAUAGCUUCCGUGUGGCUGAUGACAUGGGAAAAUUAAGAUUUCAAUUUUAUAUGUUCCAUAGACCACUUUUCAGUUGGAAAGGAUCAUAUGUAGUAACACAGGUUGGUGCUGAAAAAAAGGUGUCAUUUGACAAUGGUUUAGAUGGAUCAGUGGCUGAGGAUUGCUACUUUGCAAUGAAAGCAUAUGCACAAGGCUAUACAUUUAAUUUUGUUGAAGGUGAAAUGUGGGAAAAGUCACCAUUUACAUUAUGGGAUUUUAUCCAGCAAAGAAAGAGGUGGAUUCAGGGCAUUUUACUGGUAGUUCAUUCCAAAGAAAUACCCAUCAUGCAUAAAAUAUUCCUAGCAAUAUCUUGUUACUCCUGGGUGACACUGCCUCUUUCUACCAGCAACAUGUUUCUGGCAGCAGUGUGCCCCAUUCCUUGCCCAUUUGUUCUGGACAUUGUCUGCUGCUUCAUAGGUGCUGUAAAUAUUUAUAUGUAUAUUUUCGGUGUCAUCAAAUCUUUCCCUGUCUAUAGAUUUGGACCAUUGAAAUUCUUUUUGUUCAUAUGUGGAGCAUUAGCUACUAUUCCAUUUAAUAUAAUAAUUGAAAACAUUGCUGUUAUUUGGGGAGUUUUAGGAAAAAAACAUAAGUUUUACAUUGUGAAUAAAGAAAUAAAGAUUCCAGUAACAGUUUGAUGCUUUUUAUUGAUGAAUAAAUUAAAUGUUACUAGAAUCUUUAAUUGGAUCAUAUUAGGUAAGUGCACAAAUACUUUAUUGUAAUAACUGCACUGAAAAUCAUGUAAAUGUAUCCUCAGAUGGAUUCACUGUGACUUUUCAAAUACCAGUUUUAUGGCUAAAUACUUCCAUUACCAAUGGAUAUAAAGGAAAAAUGAAAAAUUGUUACUAAAUAUAGCUUAACUUUAAAGGUGAUUAUGUUAAUACAUAACAAGCACAAUGUUUUGAAAAAUGUGUAAGUAGUAGUUAUUAAGGUUUUAUUUUUUGAGAAUAUUUUCUUUUUUUUUGGGAAUAAUAAUGUUUUAUCAUGUUAUUUCACUUAGUACUUAGUACCAAAUGAAAGAUUUUGAUGGUUAUAAAAAGCAAAUAUUCUUUGAUCAAAGCUUUUAUUAUGUAUUAUUUUUUUACUGACAACAUAACAUUUGUUUUGAUACUACCAAUAAGUACCUAAUUUGUAUUUGUACAGUUAUUUUUGUACUUAAUUUAUCUGAGGAUAAACUAAUCUAAAUUUAAUUUUGUACCAGUAUAUGGCUGUCAGCAUUUUAUUUUUAGGAUUAAAAAAUAUAUUUUAGCCAUUGUUUAAAAUACACAUGAGUAUUAAUUAAUUAAUUUGAUAUUUUAAAUGUUAAUGUGCCAUUUCAGUUUAUUAUUAAGUACUUAUUGUCCAAACUGGAAGCAACAAACUUAAUAAGUUAAUUUUAGCUAAUGCAAAUGCACAAUGCUACUGAACAAUUAUUGAAUUAUAUCAGAAUGUUUGAAAGCGAUUGACAAAUUAUUUUCCGGAAGUAUAUGAAUGCGAUAUUUUGGUGAACAUAUAAUGCAUGCACUUUUAAAAAUUUUGUUCUUAAAUUUGGCAUGUGUUCUUUAGAAACAUAAAAGUGACAUGUUUCUGGAGACUGUGUGUCCUAUUCCUUGUUAUUGCGAAUUUUAUUGUUUUUUUAGAUACAGAAUAUGCAUGAUUGUCAUAUCGUAAAUUAUAGUACCAUACCAGACUAGUCAUGAUAUGUUAAUAAAGCAAUUAAUUAAACUUCUACCUUGUUACUAGUUGUAUAGCUACUUGCAAUUGUGUCACGGGUUAAGAAAUUGCCCUUUGUGGCUAAUUUAUCUAAUAAGUAUCUGUGGGUUGGGAACAUUAGUCAGACUUUAUUUUUGGUCUUUAUAUUGUAUUGGAAUAUCCACUUGAUGUGAUUUGUUUGCUUUUGAUUAGAAAUCUCGAUGUUUAAUAUUUACAGUGAUCAACGCAAAAUUUAAAGUAGUUAUUAGAUUUAGUAACUCUUGUCAAUGAUUUCUUUGUCACAAAGAUUUAAUUCUUGCACUAAUGUAUGAUAAUUUGUAAAUUUUAAAAAAUACCAAAUAUGAAUCUCUCAUUGCGUAAAAUGUUGUUAAUUUUAUAUUCCUUAGAAUAGAUAAAUAUUUACGUGGUUUUUUGAUUGUGUGUGUACCAGAGUUUUUGUGCGAAUGAUUGUGUAAAUCGAAGUUGGAUUCGAAAUGUUGUAGUUAGUGUAAAUUAAAUAAAGUCAAUAAGUAAAAAAAUGUA